ACGUUAGUCAAAUGAAAAGUGAGAAGAAAGAUAGUUUGUGACACUCCAGAGCAGUCAGACAGAAAUAAUAAAAAAAUAAAACAAAAAUAUCUUUUUUAUUAUUCACUUUUUAAAUAUUUUUGCAAAGAAAUUAUUGUUGACUUUAUUGUCAAAUUGUCCAGCAAUAGCGCUGUAAGCAAUAAUGGAUGUGAAAUACCAUAAUAGCUAAUUGUGAUCAUUUUAGGUUAUUAUCUUUAUUAUUAUCAAAAUCACGUUAUUGUAAAAAAUAUUUUUAAAUAGUAUAACUAUUUUAAUUUGUUGGAGUGAGGAGCGCAAUUACUAAUUAAAAAUAUAAAUAAAUUGAGUUUUUGAAUGUAUAUUUUUAAAAUAAAAGAUCAUCAACAAUUAUUUAAAAAUGAGGAGAAGUUAUUCAUCCAUGCAGGAAAGUAAAAUUAUUUUCGAAUGGAAAAUCGAUCAGUUUAAUUCAUUUAUAGAUUCAUCACUUACCAGUCCAGAUGACGUUAAAAUAGAGUCAAUGGAAUUUUCAACUGGAUCUGAUAUUAAAGAUGUUUGGUACUUACGUUUAAAAUUUAAAAACAAUGAAGAUACAAAAGUUAAAGAGUGGAUCUCAGUAUUUUUGUAUUUAAAAAGUAGUAAUAAGCCAGCAAUUAGAGCAGAUUACUCAAUUUACGUUUUGAAUAAUAAAAACGAAAGAAAAGUGAGUAUAAAAAAGUCAACUCGGAUAUUUAAGGUCCAUGAAAGUUGGGGUUCUAAUAAAUUUCUGGAAAUAAGUAAAUUGUUGGAAGAUAAAAAUGACAUUCUAUCCGACAAUAUUUUAACUCUGGGCGUUGACCUUGUCGUAUAUGGAGAUUAUUUAACAACUACAUCAGAAAUUCCAUACAAAACUAUGAAAACUAAAAUCUCCGAUGACUUCAAUGAGCUUCUAAAAACUGAAAUGGGUAGUGAUGUCACUUUCACAGUGAAAGACAUUAAAUUUAGAGCUCAUAAAUCCAUUCUAAUCGCUCGAAGUCCUACAAUUGCCUCGAUGUUAUCACAUGAAACUCCUGAGAGCAAACAAUAUGUGUUAAAUAUCGAUGAUGUAGAGCCUAAAGUGUUCAAAGACGUGCUGAAAUUCAUUUAUACUGAUGUAGUUGAGAAUUUAGAUGGUAAAGCUGAGUGUUUAUUAGACGUUGCGAAUAAGUAUCAAUUAAAAACAUUGAAAAUAUUGUGUGAAGAAUCCUUGUGCAAGACAAUAACUAUUGAAAACGCAGUUACCAUGAUGAUUUUAGCAAAUGAGCACAGUGCGAAGCUGUUAAUGGAUUAUGUUGUUGAUUUUAUGAUAAUGAAUAUGGAAAAAGUUAUGGACACUGAAGAUUAUAAAAAACUAGAAAGCUCUAAGCCGGUUUUGUUAUCAGUUUUGCUAAAAAAAUUUGUUGAUUUGAUCAAAGCAGUUCCUAAAACUAUUGACUAAUUUUUAAAUUUAUCAGUUUUGUAUUUUUUUACUCUUACAAAUUUUUUUUUCUGUAAAAUAUUACGGAAAAAACAGCACUUUUUUUUAUACAAGUAA